AGCUACUUCCCCUUUAUCUUCUACGAGUCUCGAACGUGAUUUCAUGCCUUGCUAAAAGGCAAUUAAAUUAUAGCAUAUGUCGAAAAUAGCAACCAAAAAAAAUAUUUCGCAAGCGUUGUCGUAAAAUAUGGGGAGAAAAUUUUGGAUGUUUCUUUGGUACUAUCUUAUUCUUUCGAAUGUCAAAUUUCACGUUUGUAAAGGGAAUGAUUUUGAUGAUGGCAAUUGCAAAGAAUACAAGAUGAUCAAUGAAGCAAGUUAUGACCGAAGUCCUGACUCUUUGGACGGUGGAAGACCUCUGGGAUUUAUGUCUACAGUCAUUAAAUAUAACAACAUCGAUCCUACGGCCAAAAACCCAUGCUUCAGUAUAUCUCUGAAUGACAGUGCUCAUCAAACAGUUGAAGUUCUGGCUAUAUCUUUUGAUGGCAAUUCAGUUGUAUGUCUUAAGUCACAACCAGAAUAUAACGAACCCACUUGUCAAUCAGGCAUCCGAACAUGCACAGAUAGUGCUGUUAGAGAAGAUAAAAUCAAAUUUGUGUUCUAUUGUGAAGGCUGUGAAGCAGUAUAUUCAAUCUGGUUUCGCAUAACUGUUAGUCCCUCAUUUGAAGAUCCUUUAGACUUCGAGGAAUGGUGCGCCCGCGAUGUUUGGUAUCCGAAUAGUUUGAUUACGGUGCCAAAUGUUGUCAUCACGGCUCCCAUGACAACGCCAUCUAAAGCAACGAAUUUAAAUUCAGUCAUGUCAUUUCCCAUUAUGUUGACAGUCAAUUUAGUAAUUAUUUAUUUUCAAGUGAAAUAAUACUGUUUGUAAACGCGGGCUAAUUCUCUUGCUAAAUGCGAGCAUUUUUGCUAGAAUUUUCAUUCAUGUAAAAAAUGUCGCUAUUACAUCAAUAUAAGUCAUUUUUUACCGAUAAAAUUUGCUAAUGAACGAAUGUGUACAUUAACGCUAGUUAUGUAUAUUGAUUAUAAUAUGUUCAUUGAUUGUAUUGAUUAUGCAUAUUGAUUAUGCAUUUUGAUCAAUUUGAUACUUGUAUAUAUUGAAUAUAUAUGUGAAUAUUUAAUGCACUUCACUCGUUGCAAA